AUGUCCGCCGCGGUCAAUGUGCCGCGCAUUGGGGUCAUCGCUCUCGCAGCAUUCAUCGCCGUCUUCAGCGCUCGGUACAUCCGCACGAUUGUCAGCAUUGGCACCUUUUACUUUUACAAGCCGAAGCCGGUUCUCGAGAACCCAAAGUACACUGUCAAGGAUGCCAGCAUUAUCAUCCCAACGACGUUCAAGAAGCCGGGUGAACUCUUGGAAUGCGUCGAGCGGAUAUCAAACGAAGCUCCCGGCGCAAUCUACAUCGUGACGGCGGACCAGAACGUUUCAAUCGUCCAGCAGAUGCUGCAGGAGACCAACCUUGGUGACGUUCGUGUCCUCGGCGUUGAGCACUUGAACAAGCGUGCGCAGCUCCUAAAAGCACUCCGCGAAGUCGAGACUUCGAUCGUUGUCUUCGCCGACGAUGAUGUGUUCUGGCCUGCGGAUUACCUCCCUCGCCUUCUUGCAAUCUUCGAGGACGACAAGGUCGGAGCCGGCGGAACUCGUCAGCGGGUUCGUCGCGACAAGGCAGACAUGUGGAACUUUCUCGGGAUCGCUUACCUCGAGCGCCGUGUGUGGAACAACAUCUCCACCAACGCCAUCGACGGGUCCAUCUCCACACUCUCUGGUCGCACUGCGGCCUACCGCACCAAGAUCCUCCAGACUCCGAAGUUUUUCACGCACUUCAACGGCGACACCUGGCGCGGCAAGCCUCUCAAUUCCGACGACGACAAGUGUCUGACACGCUGGGUGUACUCCAAUGGAUGGAACAUCUGCAUUCAGUCCGAUCCGGAGUCCGUUCUUGAGACCACGGUCGAGGGCGACUCGAAGUACCUCGACCAGUGCAUGCGCUGGGCCCGCGCCCACUGGCGUGGCAACUUCACCGUGAUGGAGCAGGAGUCCUACUGGUGCUCGGUGAAGUUCUUCUGGGGUUUGUACAUCAUCUACUUCGGUCAAUUCCAGACGCCCGCGAUCCUUUAG